AUGUUCGUGCGAGAAGUGCUGACGAGGCUGACAAAUGCUCAGCUGCGGGAGUUUUGUGCGGCGAAGGAGUUGUCUAUAAACGGCAAUAAAGAAAGAUUGAUUCGACGCUUGGUGAAUGCUAGUGACUGCCACGAGGGGACUUCGGGAGAAACGAUUCUUCAUUCUGCUCGAGAGAAUAUCGCAACGUCUACCCCGAAGAAAAGUGAAGAAGAAUAUUCGGACACCAUGUCGUCGAGUAGUAGCGAAGAUUCGCGAAAACGUGUGCGUGCGCCGCAGUUCACAUUCAAUGAUAUUGGUGACUCUUUGGAGAAAUUUUCUGGGGAGCGCACUGACAGAGACGUUCAUGACUGGCUAGAAGAGUUUGAAAACACGAGUGACAAUUUUGGUUGGAGUGACGCACAUAAGUUUGUGUACGGCCGCCGACUUCUGAAGGGCACGGCAAAAUUAUUCGUAAACAGUUCGAGUGGCUUGAAUUGUUGGGAGUCACUGAAAACUGCUCUAGAAGAAGAGUUCGGUGCGAAAGUUUCGAGUGCUGAGAUCCACGAGCUGCUUCGGAGUAGAAAGAAGAAGAACGAUGAGUCAUUUUUGCAGUAUAUUUACCAUAUGCAAAAUAUUGCAAAACGAGCCCGUGUUGAAGAAGAUGCUAUCUGUGAAUACGUCGCGAACGGUGUGAAUGACAUUGCAGUAAAUAAAAUCUGCUUGUACGGGGCGAAUACGAUUGCCGAACUGAAAGUCCGCAUUAAACAGUAUGAGAAAAUGAAGAGCCAUAUGCGUGAACCAACCCACCGUGCUACGAAGAACACCAACACAAGUGAACGUGACCGCGAGAAGAGAGACUCAAAAUCUGGUGCGAAAGAUUACACUCACACAACCAAUGCCAGUGACAGCUUGCGAUGUUAUAAUUGUGGUAAUCGGGGCCACUAUGCGAAUGACUGUGACACAAAAUCGCGCGGCCCGAAAUGCUUUGGUUGUGGUGAGCACGGGCAUCUAGCCAAAAACUGUGAGCGGGAGAAGAAGCAAACCGAUGUGAACGCGCUCUCGGAAGGUAUGCCGGUGUGCGAGGUGCAAGUUGGCGACUUGGUUUUGCGCACACUGUUCGAUACCGGGAGCCGAUACAAUCUGCUGUGUGAGAGUGUGUAUGUGAAAGUUGGAGAACCGUUGCUGCAUCGUACAACAAUGAGCUUCACUGGAUUCGGUGCGGCAAAAACACCAGCGCGUGGUACGGUCGAGCUCGAUGUAUGUGUGGGAGCCGAAAAGUUUCCGACGAUGACGUUUUACGUCGUCCCACCGGGGUCCAUGCGAUACGACGCCAUUCUCGGCAUGAGCGCACUCACCUUCAUGGACGUGGAAGUGAAUGAGAGAGGAGUAAACAUUAAAAAGAAAGUGAUUGAAAACGAUGUCGCGGACGAAAGUGAACUGAUGCAGAUUUUGAAUGUGUGUGAGCCGGGAGCGAUCGAUGUCGAUCCAAAGUAUGUCGACGUUAUCCAGGACAUCAUCGCAAAUUACAACCCAAAACGUGAAGUGAACAGUCGUGUGGAAACGAAGAUUAUCUUAACCGAUGACGAGCCGGUUCGCUCGGCACCACGGCGAUUCGCACCGAAGGAGAAAAAAGUGCUAGAAGAAACCAUCGACGAUUGGCUGAGAUCGGGCAUAGUGCGCGAAAGUGCUAGUGAGUAUGCAAGCCCAGUUACACUGGCACCGAAGAAAAACGGUUCUUUACGUGUGUGCGUCGAUUACCGACAGCUAAAUCGGAAAGUAGUGAAGGAUUGUUUCCCUAUGCGGAACAUUGAGGACCAAAUCGAUAGAUUGAAAAACGCGAAAGUGUUCACUACUCUUGACUUGAAGAAUUCGUUCUUUCACGUGCCGGUCGAGGCUACCAGCCAGAAAUAUACCAGUUUUGUGACGCACUUGGGACAAUACGAGUUCCUCAAAACACCCUUUGGAUUGUGUAACAGUCCAGCGAGUUUUAGCCGGUUCGUGGCGGAUGUUUUUCGCGAUCAGAUCAGAAGCGGUGUGUUGAUCAUUUACGUCGACGACGCUAUUAUCGCGUCCGACACACCAGAAGAAAACGUCGCGAUAUUGCGACAAGUGCUGAAAGUGGCCAGUGAAAACGGACUGCAGUUUAAUUGGGAAAAGUCGCAAUUCCUAAAAAACGAGGUCGAGUAUCUGGGGUAUUUGAUUAGUGAAGGGAAGUACCGAAUGUCUCCAGUACCGAAUGUCUCCAGAGAAAAUUCGUGCGGUGAAGAACUUUCGUGUUCCGGGUAA